GUCUAGUGUUUCUGGUCACCAGGAAGUCAGAUCAUCGUUGGGCUGUAAAAAGAUGGAUCCGGAUGCAGUCAAGUCGACCCUCUCGAAUCUGGCGUUCGGGAAUGUAUUGGCAGCAGCUGCUAGAGAUUAUAAGAAGGAAGUGCUUGCAAAUGAGAAGGCCCAAUCAUCAAAUCAUGUCAAUGAGGAGGUUGAUCUUGAUGAACUUAUGGAUGAUCCGGAGCUAGAAAAAUUGCACGCUGAUAGGAUUGCUGCACUCAAGAGAGAAGUUGAAAAGAGGGAAGCGUUCAAAAGACAAGGGCAUGGUGAGUAUCGAGAGGUGAGCGAGGGAGAUUUCUUGGGGGAAGUCACCAGGAGUGAGAAAGUGAUUUGUCAUUUCUACCACAAGGAGUUUUACCGCUGCAAGAUUAUGGACAAGCAUCUCAAGACUCUUGCGCCUAGGCAUGUGGACACUAAGUUCAUCAAAGUGGACGCAGAGAAUGCUCCUUUCUUUGUCACGAAGCUAGCAAUAAAGACAUUGCCUUGCGUUCUGCUCUUCAGCAAGGGAAUCGCUAUAGAUAGGCUAGUUGGGUUCCAGGAUUUGGGCACAAAGGACGAUUUCAGCACUACCAAACUGGAAAACGUUCUGAUUAAAAAAGGAAUGCUCAGCAAGAAGAAGAAAGAGGAAGAUGAUGAAGAUGCUGAGUACCAAGAGAGCAUAAGGCGGUCGGUUAGGUCUUCAGAGAAUCUGGACUCUGACUCUGACUGAUCAAACCAGCUUACAUCACAGAGUUGUCUCUGUUUUGCCUUUGUUAUGUGUUUAUUAGGUAAUGAAGCUUCAUAGUUACAUCUUAACCGUCAAAUGCUUCCAUGACAUUGUAUGUUGCACUAUACACCAUUUUCUUGUUGCUGUUACAUAAAUAUUGACUUGUUUUUGGCUUUAAAAAAAAGCUAGAAAACUAAUGUUCUUGAA